CAUAGACCAGACCGGCUAAUCCGGAUAUUUUCACGUAUUUUCACGAUUUUAAAAAUUAUACGUAUUUUGAGCAUUUCCAUGCUAAAUUUACAUUUUUACGAAGAGUAGAUUGCCUCAACAUCAGUGUCAAGUAACAUUUGUAAGGUUUGCGCUUCCGAGUGACGUCACCACAUUGUUGUUGUCACGGUGUACGGAAGAUGGCGGCCCGCUGGAGCAGCGAGAAUGUUGUGGUGGAGUUCAGAGAUUCUCAGGCCACCACUAUGUCAGUGGACUGCCUGGGCCGCCAUGCUGUUCUCUCUGGGCGGCGCUUUCUCUACGUUGUCAAUCUUGACACCCCCUCGGAGCCCCCCCGGAAAAUAGGUCGCCAGAGCAAGUGGGACGUGGGCACAGUGCAGUGGAACCCGCACGAAUCGGGGGCCUACCUCUUCGCUGCCUCCAGUAACCAGCGGGUAGACCUGUACACCUGGAGCGAUGGGGCUGGGGAGAUCCACACGUCCCUGCAGGGGCACACACGUGUCAUCAGUGACCUGGACUGGUCUUGGUUUGAACCAGAGUUUCUUGUCACCAGCUCUGUGGACACCUAUAUUUAUAUCUGGGACACCAGAGAUACACGGAAGCCUACUGUUGCCCUGUCGGCUGUAGCCGGGGCGUCCCAGGUGAAGUGGAACAAGCGGAACCAGCACUGCCUGGCCUCCAGCCACGACGGGGACGUACGCAUCUGGGACAAGAGGAAACCCAGCACAGCUGUGGAAUAUGUGGCUGCCCACCUGUCCAAGAUCCACGGCCUGGACUGGCAUCCUGACAAUGAGUACAUCCUGGCCACCUCCAGCCAGGACAACUCAGUGCGGUUCUGGGACUACAGACAGCCACGGAAGUACCUGAACAUCCUGUCCUGCCAGGUGCCAGUGUGGAAGGCUCGAUACACACCCUUCUCUAACGGGCUGGUGACGGUGAUGGUGCCCCAGCUCCGCCGGGAGAACAGCCUGCUGCUGUGGAGCGCUCUGGACCUCAACAGCCCUGUGCACGCCUUUGUGGGCCAUGACGACGUGGUGCUGGAGUUCCAGUGGCGUCGGCAGAAAGAAGGCUCCAAGGACUACCAGCUGGUCACGUGGUCGCGGGAUCAGACGCUCCGGAUAUGGCGUGUGGAUCCUCAGCUUCAGAAGCUAUGUGCCAAUGACAUCAUGGAGGGUGUGGAGGAGCUGAUGGAGGGACUGGCGAUGACUCCGGAUUCGGAGAGCACUCAGUCACAUGACCCCGAGCCCCCCCUGGCCCCCAGCCUUGCGGCGGACGACCCAGAUGAUCCUCAGGACGACCCCCAGUCUGGCCUGAUCCCCAGCAGCCGGCAGGAGCCCCCCGGCCUGCCCCAGACCCUGCAGCAGGAGUUCUCAUUGGUCAACCUGCAGAUCCGCAACGUUAACGUGGAGAUGGAUGCUGUGAACCGGAGUUGCUUCGUGUCGGCACACUGUGGCACCAACCGGGUGCGGUUGGUGGUGAAGUUCCCAGCGCAGUACCCCAACAAUGCCGCACCCUCCUUUCAGUUUGUCAGCCCCACCACCAUUCAGUCGUCUAUGAAGACCAAGAUCCAGAAGAUCCUGACCGACACGUCUCUGCAGAAGGUGAAGAGGAAUCAGAACUGUCUGGAGCCCUGUGUGAGGCAGCUGGUGUCCUGCCUGGAGUCCUGCAUGACCCAGGAUGACAGCACUGCUGCCAAUCCAUACGUGGUGACCCCCGCCCUGCAGCCCUUCCCUCGUGUCACCAACACCUACGGCUCUUACCAGGACGCCAAUAUCCCCUUUCCCCGAACGUCAGGGGCACGCUUCUGUGGAACUGGUUGUCUGGUGUACUUCACCCGACCAAUCACCAUGCAUCGCUCCGUCUCCCCCACCGAGCCCACGCCCAGGUCGCUCUCGGCUCUGUCGGCGUACCACAGCGGGGUCAUGACCCCCAUGAAGAUGCGCAGCGAGUCCCAGAGCACCCUGCGGCUGUACAGCGGCAGCCCCACCCGCAGCGACAAGGAGCAAGUCUCCAUCUCCUCCUUCUACUACAAGGAGCGGAAGCAUCCGCUGUCUGGUCCCCGACGCUGGUCCGUUCAGACCAUUCAGGACUGCCCGAAAUCCCGCCGCUGGAAGAGCAAGCGGGAGGGGGCGGACGCCGGGAACCGGCCCAUCAAGCUGGCGGGGAAAGUGAUCAUCCAGGAGAUCUCCUGCCUGCUGUCUGUGCACAAGAUCCUGGGGGAAGCCUACAUUCUGAAUGUGAACGACAUCCAGGACACGUGUCAGAGAAACGCCAGCGCGGCCCUCACUGUGGGCCGCAGGGACGCCGCCAAGGUGUGGGCGCUGGCUUCUGCCGCCACCGACUGUGACCUGAGCCCAAACUCAGACCCGGACGCUGGCACUCCCUGGGCCCGGCACCCGUUUGGGCGCCACCUGCUGGAGACUCUAUUGGACCACUACAGUAAGAUGAGUGACAUUCAGACGCUGGCCAUGCUGUGCAGUGUGUUCGAGGCCCAGGGCAGCCCCCAGGACUACUUCUCUCUGUUCGGACCCCACCCUCACCGAUCCUCCAUCUUCACCCCACACCACUCCCGCUUCCCCUCCUACACCUCCGGGUCGGUCACUUCGGGGUCCUGCUCCAGCACCUCCGACUCCGGGCCCAACACGGGCGCCUGGAACAUCGUUGGCCGGGACCCGGAGCACACUACUUGGGCGGAGUCCUCUCCGGAUGACUAUCGCUAUGGAAACCAAGCGUACGCCGACCCGCGCGAGCGGGAGAAAGAGCAGCACGACAUGAAUAAAAGGCUCCUGGACCCGGCGAACGUGCUGCAGUUUGACGACUUUAAGAAGUGCUACGGGGAGAUCCUACACCGCUGGGGCCUGCGGGAGAAGAGGGCCGAGGUGCUGAAGUUCGCCUCCUGCCCCCCCGAGCCGCACAAGGGCAUCGAGUUCGGGGUGUACUGCUGCCACUGCCGCAGCGAGGUGCGGGGGACGCAGUGCGCCGUGUGCAAGCGCCUGACCUUCCAGUGCGCCAUCUGCCACGUGGCGGUGCGCGGCUCGUCCAACUUCUGCCUGAGCUGCGGCCACGGCGGCCACACCAGUCACAUGAUGGAGUGGUUCCGCUCGCAGGAGGUCUGCCCCACCGGCUGCGGCUGCCACUGCCUCCUGCAGAACACCUUCUGAGCCCCCCGCGGCCUUCUGGGAUACGUCUGAACCGCCGGAGGGCCGUCCACACUGAGAACUACAACUAAUAAUAACAAUAAUGGUAAUAGUUUGUUGUGUAGCCGACGCUGUUAUCCGAAGCGACUUAUAGUUCGUUAAACUAAGCAGGGCAUCCCCCCCCCCCCCCCGGAGCAAUGUGGGGUUAAGGGCCUUGCUGAAGGGCCCAAUAGCUGGACUGAUCUUAUCGUGGCCACACUGGGGCUUGAACCACCCACUGUCCGGGUCCCAGUCAUGUACAAGCUGCCUUGCUAUAACUAUAAAUGAUAACUAUUAGCGAUACUGAUCGACGCUGAUGAACGAUAAUGUUCUGUAAACAGGCGUUUUGAACAUGAGGCCUUGUAAAUUUGGUUGGGUUUUGAUUGGUUUUCUGUGUUUUAUCAUUCAUGUAUGAAUGUUUUAUCAUUCAUGCGUCUAAAAAUUGGUCAAAGUAAUCCCUACGAUAUCGUUCGUCGUUGUCGUUAUAGUUGUCGUGUUAUUAGUUAUUGUUAUCGUUCUUGGUGUGGAUGGGCCUUACCACUGAGAGAUGUGGGGGUCUGUACGUGGAGGAAGUAUCGAGCCCUCCUCUGUGUGUUCGUCCUGCUAAACGCCACAUAAAAUGUAUACAAGUAGAUUUAUAUGGAUUUAAUUUAAUUUAUUUUUUGGACCAUCUUCCCUUUUCGUUUUUCAUUUAAUACAGAUGUGUCUUUGUCACGGAGUCUGCCUGAGGAAAGACUUGCAUUAUAAAAGUGUAUGCCAUUGUGCCAGACGGUUCCUCUGGUCCAAAGGAAUGUUACUCUCCUGCUUAAGUCGGUGAUAUUUAUUAAUGAAGAGAAUCUCUAAGGUUUACUGUUCUAUUUUGUACCUGUGCUAUUCCGGAUAAAAAAAACACCUGCAUUCUAUGUGAUGUAGCAUGUACAGACAAAGCUGUAUUCAUAGUGUGCCAUAUGUGAAGAAAUAAAUAUGUUUGAUUUA